GGUUUUUGGGGGGGUCCCGUGGCGAGAUGUACCAGAGUUUAGCCAUGGCAGCUAACCCCGGCCCUCCGGCCUACGAGGGGGCAGGUGGCUUCAUGCACAGCGCGGCCGCAGCGUCCCCCGUCUACGUGCCCACCACGAGGGUCACCUCCAUGCUCCCCAGCCUGCCCUACCUCCAGAGCGGCGCCUCAUCCCAACAAGGCAGCCCCGUCUCCAGCCACUCCAUCUGGACUCAACCCGGAGCCGAAAGCGCCGCUUACAACCCCGGAUCUUCUCACCCUCCUCCCGUGUCACCUCGGUUCUCCUUCUCCACCAGCACCCCCAUCCCUGCCACCUCUUCCCGGGAAGCGGCGGCGGCGGCGGCCUACACCGGCUCCUUGAACCUUUCUGCUAACGGGAGGGAGCAGUACACCAGGGGCUUCGGCGGCUCCUACUCCAGCCCUUACCCGGCUUACAUGAGCCCAGAAAUGGCCACCACUUGGACUUCUUCACCCUUCGACAGCCCCAUGCUCCACAACCUGCAGAGCCGAGGGACGCCCGCGGCCGCCCGGCACGCCAACAUAGCAGAAUUUUUUGAUGACUAUUCAGAGGGGAGAGAAUGUGUCAACUGCGGGGCCAUGUCCACCCCGCUCUGGAGGAGAGACGGCACGGGGCACUACCUCUGCAACGCCUGCGGGCUCUACCACAAGAUGAACGGCAUCAACCGGCCCUUGUUCAAACCUCAGAGGAGGCUGUCGGCUUCCCGCCGCGUUGGCCUCUCUUGUGCCAACUGCCAGACAACGACGACCACCCUCUGGCGCCGAAACGCUGAGGGAGAGCCUGUCUGUAAUGCCUGCGGCCUCUACAUGAAGCUCCACGGGGUUCCAAGGCCUUUAGCAAUGAGAAAAGAGGGCAUUCAGACGAGGAAGCGCAAGCCGAAGAACCUUAACAAAACAAAGACACCAGCAGGUCCCUCCAGCAGCGAGAGUCUUACCCCGACCACCAGCUCCACCAGCAGCAGCAGCAGCACCACAACCACCGAGGAAAUGCGCCCCAUCAAAACAGAACCCGGGCUCUCAUCUCAUUACGGGCACCCCAGCCCCAUUUCUCAGUCAUUCUCAGUCUCUGCCAUGUCCGGACAUGGAUCAUCUAUCCACCCUGCGAUUUCAGCUCUGAAGCUCUCCCCGCAGGCUUACCAGUCAGCUAUCAGCCAGUCUCCACAAACCAGCUCCAAACAGGACUCCUGGAACAGCCUGGUGUUAGCUGAAAACCAUGGGGACAUCAUAACUGCAUAACCUGGUCUUCCACCCAUGGACUUCAGGCUGAUCUGCUCAAGAGAUGAAGAAGAUGCCAUGUAAUCAUCAAGUCAAUGUUGUUUCCCACCUCCCCUACUCUCCCGCCUUCUCUCCCCUGGUGAGAGGUUCCAGCAAAGAGGUAAUGAGGACUUUUCUGAGGUGUAGGAGAGCUCUUAUGAAAUGAACAGAGAAGACUCAAAUCUCAAAGUAACUAAUGGAUUUGAAGCCUUUUCCCCCCCACUUUAAAUGUGCCUCUCUAUUUGAUUGCCACCACUUUUUAUGAAACAGCCAGAAACACAAAGAUGGA